AUGCUCGUUGCGUUCUGGGUUACGACCUCCGCCCUUGGUACCGUUGUAUGCUGCAUCUUAUACGCUACCCAACUUCAGUGGUCGAAACGCCAGAACCUCCCUCCAGGGCCUCCACGUGUACCGCUUCUGGGGAACAUCCAUCAGCUGCCGCAGUCUUAUCAGUACAAGUUCUUCGUGCAAUGGGCGGAACGAUAUGGAGACGUUGUCUACGCGGAGUUCUUUACUCGAUCAACCAUCGUCGUGAGCUCAGUCAAGGCUGCCUGCGAUCUCAUGGAGAAGCGGAGCGCGAAGUUCUCGGAAAGACCACGGUUUGUGCGAAUCAGAGAGAUGAUCGGCUGGACAGGAAAUAUUGGAUGGAGACCAUACGAUGACACGUGGAAGCGUCAGAGGAGGUGGUUCCAGCAAUUGCUAAUCAGCGCAUCCGCCCUGAAGAGUCACCGGCCACUUCAGGAGCACGAGGUGCGUCGUCUGCUGUACGACGUCGUCCAGCACCCAGCGGACUUCAUCUCCCACAUCAAGCGCUACGCCGCGUCGCUGAUUUUGGAGAUCGGUUAUGGACAUACCGUGACCUCUGUCGAGGGUGAUGAGUUCAUCCAGUUGGUGGAGGCUGGGAUACAUGAAGUUUUCGGCGGCAGUGGAGCCGGCUCGGCGCUGGUUGACUUCUUCCCUACCUUGAAGUACAUACCUGCUUGGCUGCCUGGCGCGGGCUUCAAGCGAGCUGCUCUGAUGGCGAAGGAAGCCAUCGCAGCUACUGAGGAUAUCCCUUAUAAGUCCGUCAAGGAUGCUAUGGCAGCCGGUGUGGCAAAACCAUGUUUCACGACUGCCAUGAUACAGGAUUGUCUCAAGAAGGGUGCGCUUACCUUUGAAGAUGAGGAUGACAUCAAGGGCACUGCUGCAACGCUCUAUGCAGGGGGUACCGAUCCAAUCGUGACAACAAUCACGGUGUUCGUGCUUGCGAUGGUGCAGCAUCCCGACGUUUUUCGCAAGGCUCAAGAGGAAGUCAUCCAGGUUGUCGGCGAGGAAAGGCUCCCGGAGUUCAGCGAUAGGACAUCGAUGCCGUACCUCGAGAACGUCCUUAGAGAGGUGUACAGAUGGCGUCCCGCAGUCCCUACAGCGGCCCCACACAUGUCAUCAGAAGAUGAUGUAUACCGUGGAUACUAUAUUCCCAAGGGCUCUAUGAUCAUCCCUAAUUUAUGGGCGAUGUUCCAUGACCCGGAAGUAUAUCAGGAGCCGGAAACGUUCAAUCCUGAACGAUUCUCAGGUAUGAACGUAGACCGGUAUGAUGAUCCGCGGAGGAUUGUCUUCGGCUUCGGACGGAGGGCUUGUCCAGGACGAUACUUUGCCGACAACAGCGUAUGGAUCCUUGCAGCCAGCCUCCUUGCAACGAUGGACGUACGUAAAGCGCGGAACGCACGCGGGGAGGAGAUCGCAGCGUCACCGAAGUUUCAUGGCGGCACUGUCAUUCGCCCAGAGCCGUUUGUCUGCGACAUCCAUCCUCGGUCGGAGAAAAGCCGGGAGUUGAUUCUUGCGGGCAAAGAUAUCGUGACCGCGCAGCUCUGAGUCGACUGCGAUGUUUCGCGUUCUUGCUGGACACAAGACUGUCUCGUGGCUUCGACUCAUUAGUAAUCCGUACAAAGCAAUGUUGUGGAGUUGUAUCGUCGCUUAC